AUGUCGACUUAUGAAGAGGAGCAUGGACUCUCAAGGGAGAAUUCAGAAGACGCUAGAAGUGCCAGUGUCGAUAGACGUGAGACGAGAUCACAGUUCCAAGAAUUAUUCCAGACAUUUGGCAAUAAUAACAGUGAAGAAGAUGUUGAUAACAGUAUGCUGCUUCUUCUACUUUCACAAAUGAUUCCCGCGUCUUUACAACAAGAAUGGAUGGAACAAAUGGAACAAUCGGAUAAGAAGGGUUGUUCUGAAUCGUUUAUCGACUCCUUGCCUCGAAUCCCAGCAUCGAAAAUCAAAGAAGAUGAUAGUUGUCCAAUCUGUUGCUGUACCUAUAAGGAGGAUGAUCAUCCAUUGGUUGCUGAAUUACCACAUUGUAACCACAAGUUUGAUUUAGAAUGCAUUAGCGUCUGGUUAUCCAAGAGUACCAGUUGCCCACUAUGUAGGGACGAUGUAAUGUCGCACAAGCCGGGGAUAGAUACUAGUCAAGUAGAACUAGAAGAGGACUGGGGUAUGUUUGGGUAA